UGUCUCCUCGACACCUCAGUUGUUGUUCGUCUCUCGUGUCCUGCUGAUCCUAUCAACAGAACAAAUAAUUCAACCAAUAAUAUUUAUUCAGGACUAAUUAUUGAAUUGAAACUCACGAGUGUCAGGAGGUUGUGGAUAAACGACUAUGGGAAUAUUUCGUGAAUUUCCGAUAGUUUUCAAUCUAUACAAAAAAUACAGUUAGUCUGUUCGAGAUAUUGUUGAUGUAUGGGUGGUUAUUAAGGCUGUGAUAGGGUGGAAAAUACGAUACGCUUCCAGGAAUAUAUUUCAAGAAGUGAUAACCCUCAGGCAAAUCCACCAAAACAAGGAAUUCCGCAUUCAAGUUUAAAAAUAAUAGAUACCAGUGAUAUAUAACGAAAAUGGAAGCUAGCAGGCUGUCAUCACAACCAACGCUAGUACGUCGAGUUUCUGAUUUAUUCAGAGAUGGCAACGCAAGUGGUUCCCAACUGUUCACCCACUCGUCAAUGCAAAAACUACGUCACUGCUGCCAGAAUCUCAGCCUCUUCCCCUAUCUCUUGUACUCCCUUGGUGACAUGAAAAAUACGAGUCAAAAGCAAACAAUAAAUCAGCUAAUAUCAAAAUUAACGGCUCGCCUCAUCCAACUCUACUUGGCAAUACGUCUGAGUGUUCACCGUAAAUUGCAACCAGAGACACCAAAGCCAUCACCAGAGGCUCUAAAAGUUAAUGUUAAAUUCACCAAAUUCGAGAUACAGAAGAGAAAACAAAACUCAUUACUGCUGAUACUGGCUGUUUAUCUUGCACCAAUUGUUCUCUUAUUUCAACUCAUUGGCAUUUUAUCGUUACUCGUACUCGGUAAACACACACCGGGCUUUAUUUUUCUGCUGUCAGCUCUUCUCUUCCUCGGUUAUAUAUCAAUGAAAGUGCUGUCUCAUGACAAUGAUAAUGAGGAGUACAAAAAACGGGCUAAACGAAAAAUUGAUUGAACCAUUUGCUGACCAAAUGUUCAUCGUUUACUUCGAGCCCUAAAUAUUUUUUAUACUGCAUCAAAUCAUUCAUAUGUUUCAUCCCAGAUUUAUUUUGUUAAUAAUUCAUUACGAUAGUUCAUUUAGUCAUUUUUUUUCUGGUUAUCCGUUAAUACUGGAGAUUCUAAGAACAAGAUAUUGUGAUCAAAUCAAUCAGUUGAAAAUCAAGGUUGCUUUCACUAGAUUAAUCUUUACAUUAUUUUAAAUUAGGGCGUAUACUUAAAGACCACAUAAUCAUGACUUCAAUCUGUUUUUUUUUCAUUAUCAACGUGUUUUUUCAUCUCGUCAGCUCAAAGUGAGGGAUUGAUACAUAAAUCUACGAAUUCAAAUGAUAUGAAUGUUGAAUAUGCAGCAAUAAGACUGAAUAUUAAAUAUUACUGUGUACUGUGGAAAUUUUUUUUUUGUAUAUAUAAGAGGCACGCGGAAGUGAUUGAAAUACAUUUAAUUAAUUAA